AUGGCCGUGUCGCUGCUGUCCAACGCGCUGGUGCUGCUCUGCCUCCUGCACAGCGCCGACAUCCGCCGCCAGGCGCCGGCGCUCUUCACGCUCAACCUCACGUGCAGCAACCUGCUGUGCACCGUGGUCAACAUGCCGCUCACCCUGGCCGGCGUCGUGGCGCAGCGACAGCCCGCCGGCGACCGCCUGUGCCGCCUGGCUGCCUUCCUCGACACCUUCCUGGCCACCAACUCCAUGCUCAGCAUGGCAGCGCUCAGUAUCGACCGCUGGGUGGCCGUGGUCUUCCCGCUGAGCUACCGCGCCAAGAUGCGCCUCCGGGACGCCGCGCUCAUGGUGGCCUACACGUGGCUGCACGCGCUCACCUUCCCAGCCACCGCGCUCGCCCUGUCCUGGCUGGGCUUCCACCCGCUGUACGCGUCCUGCACGCUGUGCAGCUGGCGGCCGGACGAGCGCCUGCGCUUCGCCGUCUUCACCGGCGCCUUCCACACGCUCAGCUUCCUGCUCUCCUUCGUCGUGCUCUGCUGCACGUACCUCAAGGUGCUCAAAGUGGCCCGCUUCCACUGCAAGCGCAUCGACGUGAUCACCAUGCAGACGCUCGUGCUGCUCGUGGACAUCCACCCCAGUGUGCGGGAACGCUGUCUGGAGGAGCAGAAGAGGAGGCGGCAGCGUGCCACCAAGAAGAUCAGCACCUUCAUAGGGACCUUCCUUGUGUGCUUUGCGCCCUAUGUGAUCACCAGGCUGGUGGAGCUGUCCUCCACGGUGCCCAUCGGCCCCCACUGGGGCGUGCUGUCCAAGUGCUUGGCCUACGGCAAGGCCGCGUCCGACCCCUUCGUGUACUCCUUGCUGCGACACCAGUACCGCAACGGCUGCAAAGAGAUGCUGAACAGGGUCCUCAACAGGCACCCGCUCCACUCCUCGGGCCUCACCGGGGACUCGCACAGCCAGAACAUCCUGCCGGUCUCUGAGUGA